CAGCAGUCAGUACGGGGAGAACAGGAAGAAGCGGCGGAGGCUGCAGUGUCCGGUCCCCGAGCCGUCUCUCUCCGUACGCGGGGGAUGUGAUGUGACCGCAGCGUAUGUAGCCGGCCAUGCACAGGGUUCCCGCCAGAGGGGAAGAAGAUGAAAGGAGGACGACCCCCGAGGCCUCUCUGCCUCCCGCCGGCCGCUCCCCCCUCCCCAUCUUCAUCUUCCCGCCAUCCCUGGACUUCUACGCCGACGAGCAGGCCAGCCACAAGCAGGUGCUGACCCUGUACAACCCCUUCCCCCGGGUGCUGCGCUACAAAGUUCUCUCCACGGCCCCCCUGCGGUACACGGUGGUGGAUGCUGAAGGGCUGGUCAAGCCAAAUUCCUGCAUUGACAUAGUCACUCGGCACCGCGAUAUCCGGGCUCGGCAUUACGGCAGCAGAGACAAGUUUCGGGUGGAGAUUUGGGAAGAAGGCGGAGGAGGACGAGGAGUGGGAGGGAGGAAGGACAUUCCAGUCACGUUACAUCCCACCAGACCCCAGUCUAGAGAGAGAGCCAUCAGUGAGGCGCCCCAGUGGCACCCGCCAUCCCAGGUCUUCUCCGUGCGCCGCGGAGUCCCACCCCCGCUGUCCCCCGGUCUGUUCGGGUUGUACGUUCUGGUGGGGUUGGUGUCUCUGGUGGUCCUGAUGCUUCCAUUACAUGGAGACCCCCGGAGCGUCCUCCAUGAGAACCUCCACGUGUCCGUCGUCCAGAAACUUGUUGCAGCUUACGUGUUAGGUCUCCUCACCAUGGUGUUCCUACAAAGCUGACAAGAUGGCGGAUUAGAGGU